UAUCUGUAUCAAUUUCGAAAGAGAUAUCAAUACCAUCUAACAAUUUCGUAAGCUCGUUUUUAAUUCAAUACAGCAAUUCAACGCACGUAUUUAUAUAUUUUGAAUCGACUGCACUUCCUUAUUAUAACGUUUAUUGUGGUUUUUUUACAUAACUUAAUAGUUUCGGAAAAACCGUGUACGGUAAUUCGUCGAGUUAAAUAAUUUAAGCAACCAGUUUCGAGACGCGUUUAAAAUGAAGAUACCGAAUUUACAUAUAAAACGAGUUCAACAUUUCGUGUAACAGGUUCAAGUUCACAAAAACACUGAUUUUAAAAUGAUUUAACGUUAAUAAAGCUCUAGUUAAAACCCAUCUAUCGUAAACCGAACGUAAAAAAAAUGACUUAUUGGACAAUUAUGAACAAUUUAUCAUCUCUUAUUGUGCUAAUUGCAAUCACAUCAGCAAACGGUCAAAUUCUAUUCCCCGAACUACCCUCGCAGCGAUUAGACAGCGAAAACACCCAGGACAGAGUACCCCUGUACGCCCCCAACAAGUGCCCCGAAAACCAGCUGCUCUACCCCGGCUAUCAACAGCACGAUUGGAUCUGCGACUGCGGCCCCACGUACAUUUACUACCCCGCAAAGGACUUUUGCUACCCAGCGUACCGGCGAGGACCCUGCGAAGAAGGCCACCACUUGGUCAUUCUGCCGGGCCGCGUCUCCCCGGCCUGCGUUCGGAAUCCCUGCAGAGACGGCUUCGCCAGGUUCAAAGGAAAGUGUUACGAAAUGGGUAAACCCGACGGGCCUUGUAGACCCAUCCAAGAAAGCGGAGGUAUAUUCGAUGUAAAUGCGACCAAUCUUGUCGUGCAUUGUCUCAAAGGCACCGAUACCAUUUCAUUACAAGAAGCCCCCAUGCCUUGUUCGAGAGGCAGCAAGAGAAGCACCGCGGGAAAUUGCGCUAAUUUACCAUAAUUAUUGUAAUCUCAGCAUCGACUGUACACUACAAGAAACUAGUUGUAUUUAGAUUGUAAGAUUUUCUCAUGAAAAUUGGAGAAAUAACGCUUAUUUUGUAACUUCAGUUCCGACACCUCUAUACUAGAAAAACAAUUUCCAACUCUAUUAACGAAAUGUCAAUAGUCUGAUUUAACAGUUUGUGUUCUUUGUUUACAAAUAAAAUACGCAACUGAA